UACCAUUUUUUCCAAUGCUCCCUUAGUAAGCUUAUACAUUUUUCGGCGAAAAUAAUACUACUCACUGUUGCAAAAAAAUGAUCCUCAUUUAUUUCAAAGCUAUUCAAAGUCAAUAUAACUCCUCGUCUACCGUCAGGACUCGUGCACGUGUCUCAACUGGAAAACGCUCGCUAAUUCCCGCCAACAACACACUUUCAGCACCACGCUAUAUCCGCUUAUAUAUUUUAAAUGUUCUACAAUUUUCUACAAUAUUUUUUAAUGACGAUUAUAACUCAAUGCGAAAGUAUUUGAUUCUUACCGCGUUCGUCAAAUUCUGUCUACAUAUAUACUACGUAUGUAGUACGUACGUAUGAUUUGGUAUGAGCUAUAGAACGAUUCGUGUCAACUGGUAUAACACAAGUUCUUUCAUACGCGUAAUAAACUUUAUACAAUACCGUAGACCUGUAUUUAUAAUCGGAAAAUGAAUAGAAGAGGCAAAAGGAGUUACGAAGGCGAUGCUUCAACGAACGUCAGGGAAAAGAAGAAGUUGAACAUUUGUAGCCAAUUAACCUACGAUGUUCUGAGAAUUAUAUUUAAGUAUUUAAAUCCCAAAGAGUUAUCAAAUGCCUCAUUAGUUUGCAGGACAUGGCAAGAGGUAGCAAACGAUGAGGAACGGUCUAGAGGCCCUGUUUGUAUAGAAGGGAAUUUAUUGAGAGAAGAGGAUGAGUUUAUAAAUGAAAUUAGUGAUAAUUUAUGGAUCAAACCAAAGUUAGGAUUAUUUUUUAAAUCAAGUGCAGGCUGUCGUAUGAAAGCCCAUUGCAAAGAUUGCUACUGUAAAUUUUUCCCAAGAGACUGUGACGUUGUAACACUGGGCACAAACAGUAUAAUCUUUGAGAACAAAGAAAUAGAAGAAAUUCACGAAGACAAUGUGGCAUGUACAUUCCUACCUAAAAUACCUAAUGUAUCAAUUAAAGUAAUUCCUGUUUUUAAGCACUCACAUACGUCAGACGAACAAUUAGUUGAACAACUAAGAGUGCUCGUCAACAGCUUUCAUAAUAUUAAGUGUGCCCUAUUAUUCUGGAGUUAUAGAUGUAGACGUAGAAUGAACAGAUUUACGAGUCUGUUAACAGCGCGUGAAGAAAUCAUGGUACCUAUAUGUGGAGGUAUGGUUUUCGAUGUACGUAUAUGUAACAGAAAUAUAAACAGAUGUUUGGAAUUUGCGAAUUGCGUCGCAAUUACUUUCACUGGACCAGUGAAUGCAUGGUCUGUGGUCAUCCGCGAGGACACCAAGGAACAGGUCGAACAGGAACUAACAUCGUUCAAAAAUAGUAUUUCCUUAAAGAGACAUUCCUUGGCAUUUAUGUCCGCGUGUAAUGGUCGCGGACGAGAACUCUAUAACGAAGUCGAUGUGGAAUCGUCUAUUUUCAAACGAUUAUUCCCAGAAGUGAGAUUAGUAGGCGCUUUCAUGAAUGGAGAAUUCGGAACAACUACGGUACCAAGCAAAUUUGCUAACAGCAGUGGAAACCAUUGGUACAAGCAGUUCACAACGGUUUUUUUGAUACUCACAUAUGGUUGAUGAUGUUGGCUUGAAUAAAAUUCGGGGUUGAAGUUAAGAAUUCUUUACGAAAAUCACAACGUACAUGUAUAUAAUAUAUUUAAGAAAGACAAUGGUUGUGAAUUGAGAAGUAUGUGUUGUAAAAAGACAGUGUAUGAUAAUAAAAUUUAUGUUCGUAAAAAAAAUUUCUUAUUACUUGUCGGGACCUCUGAUAUGCAAUCUUGUGAUUUUCAUUUAAUCUGAAGAAACAGAUGACUUCCUGGUUUAAACAAGUUGCAAACAGGUAAUUAACGACGAUACUAUUUAAUAACGUGUGUAUGUUACCAU